AUGGGCCCUGAGUAUGCACAAUGUAAGGAUUUACUUAAUUCCAAGAACGUUCGGGAUAUUGUAAACAUAUCGAGGCUGCUUGGAAUGCCACAGAAGGCCACAUACUUUACCCUGGCAAUUUAUUACAAAUAUAUCUUCAUGCUCAAGGACAGAGAGGCCAUUCCAAUAGGUGCAGCAUGCAUAUUACUAUCUGGAAAGGUAAAUGGAUCACUGAGAAGCCUUGGGCAGAUUCUAAGGACAAGCUACAAAUACUAUGGAAUGGAUCCAGAAAGGUUUUUUCAGGAAGACUACAAGGAUGCAAUCGACAUUGAACUUCAUGCUUGUAUUGCAAUGGACUUUAACUUCGAGAUGGAGGAUCCUUAUGGAUUUCUGGAGAAGAUGUGCAUGGACAACGACAUUGACAGGUCAAGGGCGCAAACUAUAUGGGUUAUGCUGAACGAUACAAUGUAUCUACCCUUCGUACUGUCGUUCAGCAUAAAAAGCAUUGUUGUAAGCUGUAUAUUUAUUUCAGACAUUGUCAGGGGCAAUGGAGAAGAGGACAUCAAUGGAUUCAAAGACAAGUACAAGCUCGCUGAAAUUGAUAGUGCAGAAAUCGGGUUUAUUUCCAACGAGAUUGUAUCGUUCUAUGAGCGUGUAUUGAAAUAG